AUGGAGCGGUCCCCGCUGCCCGCCCUGCUCCUCGGCGCCGCCGGGCUGCUGCUCCUGCUCCUGCCCCUCUCCUCUUCCUCCUCUUCGGACGCCUGCGGCCCCUGCGAGCCGGCCGCCUGCCCGCCCCUGCCCCCGCGGGGCUGCCAGCUGGGCGAGACCCGCGACGCGUGCGGCUGCUGCCCGGUGUGCGCCCGCGGCGAGGGCGAGCCGUGCGGGGGCGGCGGCGCCGGCAGGGGGCACUGCGCGCCGGGCAUGGAGUGCGUGAAGAGCCGCAAGAGGCGGAAGGGUAAAGCCGGGGCAGCAGCGGGCGGCCCGGUGGUGAGCGGCGUGUGUGUGUGCAAGAGCCGCUACCCCGUGUGCGGCAGCGACGGCGUCACCUACUCCAGCGGCUGCCAGCUGCGCGCCGCCAGCCUCAGGGCCGAGAGCCGCGGGGAGAAGGCCAUCACCCAGGUCAGCAAGGGCACCUGCGAGCAAGGUCCUUCCAUCGUGACGCCCCCCAAGGACAUCUGGAAUGUCACUGGUGCCCAGGUGUAUUUGAGCUGCGAGGUCAUCGGAAUCCCCACCCCUGUCCUCAUCUGGAACAAGGUAAAAAGGGGUCACUAUGGAGUUCAAAGAACAGAACUCUUGCCUGGCGACCGAGACAAUCUGGCCAUCCAGACCCGGGGCGGUCCAGAGAAGCAUGAAGUCACUGGCUGGGUGCUGGUGUCUCCUCUUAGUAAGGAAGACGCUGGAGAAUAUGAGUGCCAUGCAUCCAACUCCCAAGGACAGGCUUCAGCAUCAGCAAAAAUUACAGUGGUUGAUGCCUUACAUGAAAUACCAGUGAAAAAAGGUGAAGGUGCUGAGCUGUAA